AUGCGUAGAGUUACAAUUCUUUCGACAACAACAGUUGCAGCCAUUGGCUUAGCUUAUAUAAUCUGGAAAGUAUUCAAUCGUCAACCAAAAGUACCUCGGUCAAAUGCAUCACAAAAUCAACCGACAUUUACAAGAGUACCUUCAACCGAUGAAUGGGAAAAUGCAACAGAUACACCAGUAAAAGAAAGUCUUCCAACACCUCAACAACUUUAUAAACAUGGUCUUGAACAUCUUAAUAUAUCCAUAGAUUAUUGGCAACGUGCAUUAACAAUAAUUGAUCUUAGUUUACCAAAUCAAUCUGAUUUAAUACAAAAUGAUGAAACAUCAAAUUCUAAUCAUUUAAAUACAUUAAGAAACAAAAUACAAUUUUUAUUAAAUAAAAUUGAUGUUAAUUCAAAUGCAAAUGAAUUAGCAUUACUAUUAGAACAAGAAAAAGAACAACAACAACAAAUUCAAUCCACAUAUGAUACAUUACCUUUAACGAAUAGUUUAACUGAUAAUAGUUUAGUAAUAUUAAAUCGUAGUGAUUCAAUUCGUGUUCAACAAGAAUUACAAACAAUAUUAAGUGUAAAAUCAGAUUUAUCAACAUUUAAUGAUCGUCGUUCACUUCGAUCGAUACGUUCAAAUGAUAGUUUUGAAAGUUGUCCUGAUGAUGCUGAAUGGCUUGAUACAGGUGAUCUUAUAUUUGAUCCAUCAUCACCAUAUUAUUCAUUACCACCUUAUUAUGUCUAUGGACUUCGUUUAGCAGAAAAAAAUCAAGUACAAUAUAAAAAAUUACGAACAAAAUUACUUCAUUGUUCUUCAGAUACAGAUUAUUUAGCUAAAUUAUCAUGCAUACGAACAGCUUGUGAUGAAUUACUUGGAAGUGACGAAAAAAAAGAUUAUUUAAAACGCGUAUCAAGAGCUAUUUGCGAACGUUUUCUUGAAAAAGCAUCGAAAGAUAAAACACGUUUUGUUCGUGCUUUUGAACAAAUGAAUAUUCUUCUAGCUAAUGAUCAUAAUUGGCCUAUGAUUAGUGAAGAACUUGCAUCAGCAGGAAUUAAAUCUCCAACAGUUUAUAAUGUCGGAAUUGAUUUUAUGUUAUUAGAAGGUUUUGAAAUUUUAGACGCUCCACCAUCUGCUAUGCGAACAAUAUUACAAAAUCGUUGGUUUUCAGAAACAUUCCGUGAGCAAGCAUUAAAUAAAGCUGUUUCAUGUGCUCUUAGAGUUCGACGAGCAACCGCAAAACAUCAAGAAGGAUUUUUAACAACAUUUUUAACAUUAAUUGAAGAUAUGACACCGAUUUUUGCUUGGGGAAUUCUUGGUCCGGAUAGUCCUGUUAAAUCAAUGUGUACAUUUAUUAAAGAUACAGUUUUAGAUUUUGCACGUUCAUUAUAUGAUCUCCAACGAACAGAUUAUUCAUCAUUAACGAACUUAACUAAUGAUCUAGAUCGACAAAUGAAUAAUUUACUUAGUGUUCUUGUUAAAGAAAUGAAUGUUGAUCCAAAUAUUUUAUUGACUCAACAAUCAAUUGUUCGUUUUAAUUAA